AUGAAGGAGAAAAACAAAGACAUCAAGGCCCAAGGCAAAAAGCGUGAGCGAGAAUCUUCGCUUGUGGACGACGAAGGCGGCCCUUUGAAGAAAACGAAGGAUGAAGAACAGAUCAACCUCAUGCUUCUGAUCGAACUGGUUGACAAAAAAUACCCAAAACCGAAUACUACGCUUUCCGUUUGGCAGGACGAUGCAGGAUUGAUAUGGAAUGCCACGUUGGUCAGAGAUGGUGUGAAAAAACAAGUCGAAGUUUUGCGUCUCCAACUGCUCGUUCAUCGCGAGUCACAAGCGUUCCACGCCUGGAGCUUGCAGUACCAAUUUGGAUCAUCUAAGGAAUCAAAAGUAGUUGGAAAUGUGGGAACCCUUGAGUCGGCCAAGGAUACGUUUGAAGAGACGUUCAAGCUGUUCAGUGGUCUAGUCUGGGAAGACCGACAUGGUAUUCCCACUUCGAAAGGCUGGAUUUUUCUUGAAAUGCAUCAUAGGGAGGUUCCCAUCCUCUCCACCGAGGUCAGCUUGUUGCCUGCAAGCGUUGAAAAUGUUCUGAAAAUCAUCUUCACAACAGGAAACUUGAAGAGCUAUCUCAAUGUGCUAAACAGUCACGGGCGGAGUGUUUCUUUUAUGAACGAAAUGGACAAGAAUAAGCUCCUAAUUGGGAUUGCAGUUUUGGGCAAGCUGACGGAACUCACAAACCCUGAGCUGGCGCCUGGCAAACAUUCUAAAGUACAAAAGAGAUUGUGCAAGAUCUACGAAAGCCUGGUUCUCACAAACCGGACCUUUUCUGGCGCCAAUGACACCGUCAGACAGGAACUAGAAUCACUCGAACUCUUACUCAAGUUGCGUGAUGCUAGCCAGAUUCUGGAAAGAAAUUCCCAGUCUGCCUCAUUAGCCAUGAGCCAAAUAUCCCAAGAGGUCAUCGGCGUGUUCCGUCUCGAACGUCCCGGCGAAGCAGAGCGUUUCGCCCAGUGGGAAAAGGCAAACCUUGCUAAAAUUGGAGACCGGCGACUUCUGUGGCAUGGUUCGAUGUCUAGCAACUUUGCAGGGAUCUUGACUCAAGGGCUGCGUGGCGAUGGAAUUGUCAGUACCGAUGGGAAGCACUUCGUUCCUGGGGUAUUCUUUGCCGACAUAUCUACAAAAUCGGCAGGGUAUUGCCGACUGAAAGGGGAAGCCUUGAUGUUGCUAUGUGAAGUCGAGCUGGGAAAAUCCUCGGCGCUUUCCCGUAAGGUUAUUGGCGGCACUAUUCAUAGAGACUGGCGUGAUGCUGGGUAUAUUCACCCAGAUUUCAAGGGGUCCAAGGUGCCAGAUGUUCAGGCCGGAACAAGGACUGAUAGCGACACCCCGAAUCUUUACCACUCUGAGUAUGUCGCAAAAAGUCCAGCGCAGAUUCGUCAACGGUACUUGUUCCAUGUCAAGAUCGUUUGA